ACAACCUUUGGUUACAUGAAAGAAUCACAUUAGAGUUUUGGAUUGGUUAAGCAAUUCAUGUGACUUUGACGUUGUUCAGACAGAGCCAUUUUUGAGCAAUUUAUCAUUAAGAAAUUCAAUCCGUCUCCAUCCUCAAUUUGGACUUGAUAAAAUGCCUAAGAAGAAAACUGGUGCUCGGAAAAAGGCAGAGAGUCGUAAAGUGAGGGAAAAGCAGCAGAGAGCAGCUCGGGGGAAUGUGGACCUAGCUAAACACCCCUGUAAUGCAUCUAUGGAAUGUGAAAAAUGCCAAAGACGGCAGAAGAAUAGGGCGUUUUGCUAUUUCUGCAGUAAUGUACAGAAGCUGAUCAUUUGCGCACAAUGUGGGAAAACAAAAUGUAUGAUGAAGUCUUCAGACUGUGUCAUAAGGCAUGCAGGUGUUUACAGCACUGGGAUGGCAAUGGUGGGUGCAAUCUGUGAUUUCUGUGAAGCUUGGGUUUGCCAUGGCAGGAAGUGUCUGAGCACGCAUGCCUGCACAUGUCCCCUUGCUGACGCCGAGUGCAUUGAAUGUGAAAGAGGAGUCUGGGAUCAUGGUGGCAGAAUGUUUUGCUGCUCUUUUUGUCAUAACUUCCUCUGUGAAGAUGACCAGUUUGAACACCAAGCCAGUUGCCAGGUGCUGGAAGCAGAGACAUUUAAGUGUGUUUCCUGCAAUCGUUUAGGACAACAUUCAUGUCUCCGUUGCAAGGCCUGCUUUUGUGAUGAUCAUGCACGAAGCAAAGUUUUCAAAACUGAAAAGGGCAAGGAGCCCCCCUGUCCUAAAUGUGGCCAUGAAACUCAGCAGACCAAGGAUCUCAGCAUGUCAACACGUUCCCUAAAGUUUGGAAGGCAGACUGGGGCUGAUGAUGGAGAUGGUGCUUCCGGCUAUGAAAAUUACUGGAAAAAUCUGGCAUCUGGUGGAAAUAACGACUAUGAUGACUACGAUGAGGAAGAGGAGGAUGACGAUGCGGAAGAUGAAGAGUGUGAAGAAGAUGCUGAAAAAGAUUCAGAUAAUGAGGCAUCAGAACUAUUUGGUCACUUGAAUUUAGGCAACACAUAUGCUAGUGGCUAUGCCCAUUACGAGGAAUCUUAAGACUGAGAUUUCAUUUAUGAGACAUUUUAAUACUAUCAGGAGAAUUAACUUUUUUUGUAUCAGUUACAUUGCACAAUAAGGAGGUUAUUUAAUAUUGCAACAUCUCCGUCUAGUUUGUUUUUUUAAAAAUUUCAUAGAACUGAUACAGCAAGAAUAUACUUUAUAUGGUAGAAUGGAGAAACAUUGGUUGAAAUUGUGCAUCUGUAUGUAAUGAAUUAUUACAAAAACUUUGAUAAAGCACUUUAUGUUCAUAGUUAGAGGUUUUGCAGUGGCUUUUAUUUAACUACUAUGGAGCAGGCCACAUGCUAACAAAUGUUUUAUCAACUCGUAGUAAAAUUAUUAAGACUUAAAGAUUUUUGAUGUUGCUAAAUAUUAUUAUAGUGACAUUACACUCUAAUAAUCAUUUUGUAUCAUGCAUAUGGAAGAGCACUAUGUAACUUCAUCCACUGCUUUUUGUUUCCAAAAUUAAAACGUAUAGAAAGUGCGUUGGUGCAAUACUGGUCUGUGGGAUAGACCAGUAUUGCAUUAACAUGUACUUUAUAUUGGUUUUAACUGGCUAAUAUGCAAAACUUCCACAACAAUUUUGAUAAGUGAUGCCCACAAUCACAAAAGUAGGGUUUUUAUCAGUACAGAUACACCCAUUUUACAAAAAAACUCACAUUUUUGCUACAAAAAAUAAAAAAUUUAAUUUCCCUUUAACCUUAAGUCAGUUACUGUAUUGAAAAAUGCAUUCAAAAUACAAUUAUAAAAAUGUAUAAAAGAAAAUUAUUCUUUGUGCUUUAAUGUCAAGUGCAGUUUGCUAUAAAUCUAGUUUGUUGCCUGUUACGGCAGCUAAUGUGCAGGAACUGACACAUGUAACUUUUACAAAAUAAAAGAACCCUGAUAAUUA